AUGAGUACCAGUGAUAAACUUUGCAAAGAUUUCAAGGGCAAAAGUGUGGAUCAAAAACUAUAUCGAAGCAUGAUUGGUAGCCUGUUAGACUUGACGGCUAGCCAACUUGAUCUCUCUUAUAGUGUUGGUGUUUGUGCUUGUUACCAAUCAGAUCCCAAGGAAUCAUAUUUGUUUGCUGUCAAGCGAAUUCUAUGUUAUGUAAGUGGUACUACAAAUUUUGGUGUUUGCUACUCCUUUAACUCAAAUGUUGACCUUGCAGGAUACUCGGAUGCAGAUUGGGCAGGGAACAUUGAUGAUAGGAAAAGCACCACUGGCAAUUGCUUUUAUAUAGGUAACAAUCUCGUAUCCUGGUUCAGCAAGAAGCAAAAUUGUGUCUCCCUCUCAACUGCCGAAGCUGAAUACAUUGCUGUUGGAAGUGGCUGCACUCAGUUACUGUGGAUGAAACAAAUGCUCACUGAUUAUGGUCUUCCACAAUAUAAAAAUGGUGAUUUUUUGUGA